UGCUUUCGUCUGCCUAGGAGCGCGGUUCUGGAACGCGUAACGUCGAUCGUCGCUCGUCGCUCGUACUCUCAGUCGUACUCCUCUCGUUGUCUGGAAAAUUCCUAGUUGGUUUUUCAAACUCGGGACCCCACUUGGAUCGGUUCGGAUCAGUGCGCGCGCGCUCACCCCUUUAGUACAACUCAAGCUCUCCAACCAGUUUUGAAAAUUUUUUGGCAUUGCCUGCCGCAAUUUUGGAAUCGCGUUUUUUCGAUACUACUUAGAGAUUGUGCAACAUUGCGUGCGGCAAGAGCGUAAAAACCGUUUGACAAAGUUUCGAAAGUGAAUAGACCCAAAAUUUCCAAAACAAAAAACAUUGUUCGUAUCCAUUACCCCCCCCCGCACAGAAAUACGGAAACCGAAACACGAGAGGAAGAUUCCGAGUGGCAGAUUAACGAAGCCUACAAUUUGUUUAGCCUUUGUCGAAAUCCAUUCCGUCGGUGGGCGUGGGAUCUCGACGGCAGCGAGCAAGCAAAUCGAUCAACCUGAAAUUAUUACCCGUUUAAGAUGGAUGAUCCCAAAAUAAUGAACAUUAUGAAUGGCAGGAAAACACUGGAAGACCAUUCUCAGCUCAUAAAUGACGUGAAGGACGAGUCGCCCAUGCAAAUGUUCUACAAGGACAAGGGCGUAUUCCUCACUGGCGGCACAGGAUUCUUCGGCAAAAUUAUCAUCGAGAAAUUGUUGCGCGUCACGGAGGUGGGACAAAUAUAUUUGCUGAUACGCACCAAAAAGGGCAAGGAUGCAUUCGCACGCAUUGAGGAUCUGUUUAAUGAUCCGGUCUUUGACAAGAUGAAACAGGUUAAUCCCAAGUAUCGCUGCCAGAUCACAAUCAUCAGCGGGGACUGCUCUCUGCCGGGAAUGGGUAUCAGUCCAGAUGAGCGGGAGACCAUUCUGGAGAAUGUGAACAUUGUUCUCCACAGUGCGGCCACAGUCCGGUUCGAUGAGAAGCUGAAAAUGGCCAUUGCCAUCAAUGUCCAUGGCACCAAGGAGAUCAUCAAGCUGGCCAAAGAGAUUGUCAACCUGAAGGCCCUCGUCCAUGUCUCCACUGCAUUUGCCCACUGCAAUAUGCGCCACAUCCAGGAGAAGUUCUACAGCGGCACCAUGACCGGCGAGAAUGCCUUCAAGCUGAGCGAAUGCCUGGACGAGCACACUCUGAAUACCCUGACGCCAACCAUUAUUCAGGGGUAUCCGAACACGUAUACCUUCACCAAAGUUCUGGCCGAGAAUGUGGUGCAGCAGACGGCACAGAAUCUGCCAGUAACGAUCUUUAGGCCGGGCAUAGUGAUCACCACUUACCGUGAACCAGUUACCGGUUGGAUCGACAACAUGUACGGACCCUGUGGCGUCAUUGUGGGCAUUGGCUCAGGCGUUCUGCGCGUCUUCACCGGUGAUAUGGACAACAAGGCGCACAUCGUGCCGGUGGACAUGUGUGUGAAUGCUCUGCUGGCCAGUGCCUGGGACAUAGCGCGGAACAAAUACGAGACACCGCCCAUCUAUAACUAUGUCCCCGACGCGGAAAACAUGGUUAGUUGGAGGCGUUACAUGGAGGAUGGCUUUGAGUAUGGCUGUGAUAUACCGAUGCGCAAGUCCAUAUGGUAUCCGCGCUUCACCAUCGUGCCACACAUGUGGCAGUAUCACAUACUAUGCUUCUUCUACCACACAUUGCCCGCCCUGAUCAUGGACUUCAUUAUGGUGAUCAUUGGCAAGAAACCAAGAAUGAUGAAGAUCUAUCGCAAGAUCCACAAGCUGAGCAAUGUCCUCAAGUACUUCAGUUCAAAUGAGUUUCGCUUCGACAACGAUAAUGUGAGGAGUCUCUCCGAAAAGCUGGAUGAGAGGGACAAGCGGCUGUUUGCCUUCGAUAUGCGCGACUUGGACUGGACCAAUCUCUUCCGCGUCAGUCUCUAUGGGCUGCGCCUUUAUGUGGUGAAGGAUGAUCCCAGCAAUAUUCCCGAGUCCAUCAAGCGAUACGAGAGAUUGAAGGUCCUGCACUAUACCACGCUGGCUGUUUUCUAUUCGUUGGUCGCCUGGGCACUGUACGGCCUCAUCAAGCUCAUCUUCUUAUAGGAUCGCUACACUUUUUCUUAUGUAUUAAUACUGUAGGGCAUGUCUUUCACUUCUCUCCUCCUCCUUGUCAAUCUUUCUUUCCUUGUUCCCUAACACUUUCGUUUCUGUUUCAUCUUCUGCAAUAGUUGUUAGUCGUAGCUGUAUGUACCUAUGUAUGUUUGUAACAUAUCCGUAUGCCCUUAGUCAUAUCUUUGAAACGCUUUAUCCGACCCUUGUAUAGCUUAGUUCGUACGUAUGUAUCUUAAUGUAAAUUCGUUGGAGUUGAUUGUGCACUCGUAAUGUGGAUCUAGACGAUCGAUCACAAUAAAAACUGCUUCACAUUUUGUUUGGGAUAUGUCAAAACAA